AACUGAAUGUGAUGUAAAUAUAUAUAUAUAAAUGUAACCUGACAUAUGCAUUUAACCAACUUAAAUUUGUUUUUUAAACAAGCUAAGAUUUGGAAAAAGUGAUAAAUACAUACAAUGGAAAAUGGGACAACUAUUAUUGUUAAGUGGAAUGGACAAGAGUACGAAAUUAAAGAUCUUCAAAAUGACACUACUAUUCACGAAUUAAAAGCAAGAAUUUAUGAAGAAACAGGAGUUAGACCUGAUCGUCAAAAAUUGUUAAAUUUAAAAUGUAAAGACAAAGGGCUGGGUGAUGAUCAGACCAUCGGCAUGCUGAAUAUUAAGCCUGGCUUCAAACUGAUGAUGAUGGGUUCCACAGAGGAAGAUAUCGCAGAAGCAAGUCGAGUUCCUGAAAAUGUAUCUGAAGUAAUCAAUGAUCUCGAUGUCGAGCAGGAUAUUGAAGAUAUCGAAGUUGAAAAUGCAGAAAUUUAUCUGGCUAAAAUACAGAAAAGAAUUGAAAAUUAUAAGAUUGAAGAGUUGAAUGCCCCAAGGGAAAAUAAAAAAUUAUUAGUUCUUGAUAUCGAUUAUACAUUAUUCGAUCACAGGUCCGUCGCAUCCAGUGGUAUCGAAUUAAUGCGACCAUUCCUUCAUGAAUUUCUUACAAGAGCUUACAAACAUUACGAUAUUGUGAUUUGGUCAGCCACGAGUAUGAAGUGGAUCAACGAAAAAAUGAAGCUUCUGGGUGUAACGGAUAAUCCAAACUACAAUAUAACUUUUCAUCUAGACUACCUUGCAAUGAUUACUGUCCACACCUCAAAAUAUGGUCUCGUUGAUGUUAAACCACUUGGAGUUAUUUGGGGAAAGUAUCCAGGAUAUUCGCCAAAAAACACUAUAAUGUUUGACGAUAUCAGAAGAAAUUUCAUAAUGAAUCCUGGUUCUGGAUUGAGAAUUAAGCCUUUCAAGCAAGCUCACUUGAAUCGAGAUAAAGACAAGGAACUGCUCAAGCUCGCUGAUUAUUUGGAAGCUAUUGCUGAGGUUGACGAUUUUCAAACACUCAAUCAUCGUAAGUGGAAAGAAUAUAAAAAUAAAAAAUCCCAUCGCAAACGUCCACACAGGACUGAAGACAACAGUCAGAAUAUAUAGUUUAUAUGAUUAAAAAAAAAAGCUUUAAAUUAUCGACGUUUUUCUAGCAUUUUUGUAAAGAAAUUUUUUCAAUUUAAUCUUACUUUAACAUUAAAUUGUGAAAUUAAACAUAUCUUCAUUAA